AAAAUAUCUUUGUCAACCUAGAGAAUUAUUCUGAAUUUCUUUUGAAUUGCUCUGAAUUUAUAUUUCUUGGUUGCAUUUCUUUCUCCAUUUCCUAUAUAUUUUGGAUUAUAAUUCACGUGCCAUUCCAACCUUAAAGUAGGUCGUCGUUCAUCUAGCGAUCGAUAUUCGAUAGUUGCUGGGUGCUGGUGCUGACUGCAUGCUGGUGGAGACACGCAUCUUGUUUGCUUCGCCACAAGUUUCAAUUCACAAAUUCAAGUAGGAGGUAUACCAUUAGACGUGAAAUAGGGUAUUGAUAAAAUGAAUGAAGAAAUUGAAGCAGUACCUCCACCAACAAAGAAACAAAAGUUUGGUGAUGAAAAUAGUCAUUCAGAAACAGACUUCAAAGAUGAUAUUGGAGCUGAUACAGAAGUUAUUAAAGAUAGGAAUGACACAGACUACAACAAUGUCAGUUCAGAAGACAUGCAGAAACUAAGAGAGUUCAAAGUCUUGGAUGAGGUGAAGUCUAAUGAGGAAGACAGCAAUGUUGAAGACUCUGAUAGUUCUGAUGAUAAAUCAGAAGGUUUGCCAGAUGAGGAAAUUGAAAAAAUGUUAGAGGAGAAUCUUCCAGAUGACUUUAAAGUGGGACCGAAGCCUAAACAAAAGCCGUACAUUACACGUUCAAAAAUUGUGCUUGAAGAAAAGGGUGUCAAUCAAUUCGAAGUACUACCAUUAGACUGGAUGAUGGUGAGGCACCACAGUGGCAUGCCCAUAUACUUGCAUAAGAGUUCGCGUGUAGUUACACUAUCCAAACCAUAUUUCCUUGGAAAAGGAAAUAUCAGGAGACACGACAUUCCUAUCAGCGCAAUACCCUGCUUGGCAUACCGACGCGCAUUAGAAGAGGAAGAAAAACAAAAGGAAAUAGACCGUAAAGUGGAACAACAAAUUAAAAAUCUAUCGAAAAAAGCAGCUGAUCAAAAUAUAGAAAAUAAUCUUAAGAGCAACCAAAAUAAAAAGAUUUUCUCCUUUAUUGAUCAACAAGCUACUUUGAAUGCUAGUUCAAGUACUAGUAAAAAUAUUCAGGGUAAAUGUCCGUUUAGUCAGGAAAGAAAACCUGACACUGAUAACAUCCAAAAUGGAGAAAAAAAUGAAAAGAUUAAUGAAGAAAAUCUUUCGGUGGAAGUAAACGAUAAUGAGAUAAAGAAACUUCCGAUAGCUGACGAUUCCAUUAUUGAUAGUGAAAUCGCAAAUGAAAAUGCUGAAAAUAUUUUAGCUGAUUCUAUAGCACCUAUAGAUGAAAGUGUGUUGAAUACUGUAAGUAAUGAAGGAGGAGCCAAAACAUCUGAAGAAGUUACAGUGGAGGGUACAAUAAAAGAGAAUAAUAAAGAACCAGAUCAACAAGAAAAGAUGUGUGAUGAUUCUGCAGAUAUUGAGAUACCUCUUGACAGACGGCCAGUUAUUUUGCCGAGCGGCGAAAUCAUGCCAGCGCCGCGGGUUGAGUCUGUGAACAAAAGUUGGGAAACGCAGAAUUUGUCACCUGAACAGUUUAAUGACUACUGCAAAAGCCUAUUUAAAUUCAAAACCGUUAACAUUAUGCAAUUUAGUCGUUGGGCUGAUCGUCGUAAAUAUGAAAAGGCUAAGAAAACACUGCAAUACCCGACUCUGCCUGAAGGGACAAAACUCAUCACGAUUCCUGUGCAAAAUUCAGGCCAGGAUAACGGCGGGAAAGGUGCAAAGCGUGACUGGGUGAUGAACGUGAACGGAGGGAGUUACCUCUCCGUGUUCCACGAGUAUGUCUGCCGAGCGCUGCAGAAGCAGCCCGUCUACGAAUACAAACAGCUUGAAAAUGCAUCAACUCCGUAUCAAGCGACGGUGUACAUAGGUGGCAUGCAAUACGGCGUGGGACACGGCUCCAGCAAGCGGCAGGCCAAGUACGCCGCCGCGCGCGCCUCCAUACAGAUCCUCAUACCGGAGAUGCGCCAGCACAUGGACUCCGCCGCGGAUAAAAAGGCUGACGCAGACUUCACCUUUUUUGACUACGUGGGUAUCGAAGACCCGCGCAUCGCCGAGUUCUGCGCGGCCACGUGCGAGCCGUCGCCGCACGCCAUCCUGCGCACCUGCCUGUUGAGGAACUUCGGCGCCAGCGACCGCCAUAUCCAUACUGAGAUGAAAAAGAUCGCGUGCCAAGAGAUCGAGCUGACGAUGAAGGUUGGCAAGCACAGCGCUACUGUCGUCUGCAAGAACAAGAAGAUGGCCAAGCAGCGCGCUUCGCAGGUUAUUUUGCAGGCGUUGCACCCUCACGUCCGAUCUUGGGGCUCCCUCCUUCGUCUCUACGGCUCCAAAUCUGUAAAAAGCUGCAAGGAGAAGAAGCAGGAAGAACAACAAAUAACCCUGCUCCAAGACAAAGCUCGCCACAACGAGCCCAACUACGCAGUGCUGGAGAAACUGCGGAACGAGAUGAGGAAACUGCGGGAGAGAGAUGAGUCCGUCGUCCCGAUAGGCACCUUGAUGUUUACCGAGGAUCUCCCGACACACUCGGGAUCCAACUUGAACAACGUUGACCUCUAAAUGGAUAUAACUCUAAUCCUUAUCUCUAAUAUUAUUAUAAAGGAGAAAAGUUUUUAAGUUUGUUUCUGAGAAGUUGAGAGGGGAUUCAAAAGUCCACCAACUUUUACUGGUUUUCACCAGUUAUAUUUUUACUUACAUAGCUUUAGUUAAGGUUUUAGUUUUUGCAAAAAAAUAUAAAAUUUAAUUUAGUUAAGAAGACAUGGCCAAAGAAGACAAGAGACGAAAACACUUUUGAAUUACUAUCAACAAUAGAUACUUGUUUUUUUUUGUUGAUUGUUUAAAUCACUGAACUCUUGCGUUCGUGGUAUCAUAAAACUUGUUAAAUGGGAUAAAAUAAACAACAUGUAGACAUGUA